GCGCCGACCGCCGCGCGGAACGAACGUCCUUCGCAACGCAUCCGGCCCGCGCACCUGUGCACCUGUGCCAGUGUUUACAGCCACCCGAACACGUAAACAAACGGAACCGUCACGCGAAGUGCUGCCGAGUGAGAUUCGAGAAUUUCGAGAUCCAGAGAUUAGACGAACGCUGCGCCGAGUUACAGUUGCAUUCUGCAGGUCUUCAGCGGUGUUAGCGUGCGACAGAUCAUGUAGUGGCGAUUUGUGUCAGAGAACACUUUGCGUCCGCGACAUCGUCCGCUAUGGCCGACGUGGCCGACACGGCCGACAUGAACAUGGACGACGAGUACGGUUACGACAUGACGAAGAUACCGGAGAUCGUGACGGACGACAUGAACGAGUCGGGCUAUCAGGAGGGUUCGGAGAACAGUUUCGGGGACAGGCGCGAUUCUAAGGAGGGGUUCGGGGGCGAAGGGGACUCGGACAGCGGGGUGGACGGGGUGAGCAGCGGGGGCAGCACGGUGGACGACUGCCCGGUGGUGUCCAUCAACGACGUGGUGGCGUACUACGACGUGCGGCCCCGGCGCCGGCCCGUGCCGCAGCUCAACUUCUACCACGUGGACCUGGACAGGAUGGCCAGGGACGCUGUUGUUAAGAGCGAGUCGAGCUACUCGUCGGCGGACAGCUGCGGCGGCGGCGAGCACCACGCCGUGCUGAGCUACGAGCAGGUGCGGCGCCUCAACGACGUCAUGGACGAGGUGGUGGCCAUCCACGGGCGCGGCAACUUCCCCACGCUGCGCGUGCGGCUGCGCGAGCUGGUGGCCGGCGUGCGCGCGCGGCUGGCGGCCGCGCCGGCCGACGGCGGCGCGGGCGUGGCCGUGCGCGACGUGCGCCUCAACGGCGGCGCCGCCAGCCACGUGCUGAGCGCGCAGCCGCAGCCCUACUCCGACAUCGACCUCAUCUUCACCGCGGAGCUGCCCACGGCCCGCCACUGCGACCGCGUCAAGGCCGCCGUGCUGGCGCACCUGGCCGCGCUCAUGCCGGCCGCCGCGCCGCGCCGCCGCGUGCCGCCCGCGGGGCUCAAGGAGGCGUACGUGUCCAAGAUGGUGCGCGUCAACUCGGACGGCGACCGCUGGUCGCUGAUCUCGCUCGGCAACUCCCGGGGCCACAAGUCCGUGGAGCUCAAGUUCGUGGACACGAUGCGCCGCCAGUUCGAGUUCUCCGUGGACUCGUUCCAGAUCGCGCUGGACUCGCUGCUGGCGUUCCACGAGUGCGCGCAGCUGCCGAUCGGCGAGAACUUCUACCCGACCGUGGUGGGCGAGUCGGUGUUCGGCGACUUCGGCGAGGCGCUGCUGCACCUCGCCGAGAAGCUGAUCGCCACGCGCCAGCCGGAGGAGAUCCGCGGCGGCGGCCUGCUCAAGUACUGCGCGCUGCUGGCCAAGGGCUACCGCGCCGCGCGCCCCGACAAGAUCAAGAUCCUCGAGCGCUACAUGUGCUCCAGGUUCUUCAUAGACUUCCCGGAGCUGGGCCAGCAGCGCAUCAAGCUCGAGGCGUACUUGCGGAAUCACUUCGUGGGCCGGGAGGAGGAGACGCUAAAGCACAGGUACCUCACGCUGCUGCACGGCGUGGUGCGCGAGUCCACGGUGUGCCUCAUGGGGCACGAGCGGCGGCAGACGCUGGCGCUCAUCGAGGCGCUGGCGUGCCGCGAGCUGUGCGCGCGCGCGCCGCUGCUGCUGCCCGUGCCCGGCCUGCCGCUGCCCGGCUACUACGUGUGCGUGUGCGCGUGCGCCGCGUGCGCCGCCUGCGCCGCCUGUGCCGCGUGCGCCGCGUGCGCCGCCAGCUGCGACUGCUGCCGGCCCGCGCUGUGCCCGGCGUGACACCCCGCGCUCCGACCGCGAUGAAUCUAGUGCCAAAUGUAUAUAAUAUAUAUGUAUAUGAUGUUCCACGCCAUGUACACGCGUGCUGUAUAUACUGUGAGGAUCGCCCGGGAGGCUCGGCGUCAAUUGGAUGUUGCUCACUCUACCUUGAUCAAUUCUCGUCAAUUCGUCGGCCGCUCUCGUCGCGCCGGAGCCGCAGCGCCCGGAGAACGCCCCGCCGUGCCGGACCUUACAUUCCGAUGUACACAAAUCAUGAGCUCAUACUGUCGUAUCAGUUUGAUGGCAUUGAUUACUAAACCGAUUGUUUUAAUGAUUUGCUUACAAUAGAGUCAGCACCGUUGUCUGAAUCUUUGGCACUACGCGGACCAAUAGCGGCAGACCGCGACAGUCUCGUCGCAGCGCGGCGGGCGCGUCGCGCGGGUGCCGGCGGCCGGCGCGGAGGCGUGAGGUAAUUUCUAGUCGUACUCCUCUCGUGUUGUCGCGACAAUAUGUUAGCAGUACGAAAAUUAUUUGUAUCACGCGACGGCACACGACGCUAGCAGGUACGCCCGAGUCGAUGGUCUGCCUUUAAAAAGACUAGUUAGUUAUUUUUAAGCUUCGUAUGUAGAGAUUAAUGAUUGUUCCGGUUAAUGUAGUGGCAUGUCUCUCUAGUCCGGACCGCAGUCGAGUGAGCAUUACUCGUACGGCUGACGACGUCUGUCUCACGGGGCUGCAGUCUGGUUGUAACAGCGCAUAUAAACUAAACUCGCUGCGACUUGAAAAGAGGUCUCGAUCAUAAUACGCAACGUGGAAAUAUGACAUCGUGCGAUAGAUCUGUGGACGUGAAUUCAUAAUUCGUUCCCUGAAAUGAUACCUGUGUACGUACUGUCUUUUGUCGCAGAUACAACGCAAAAUAAGAAGACUGCGACGGUCGCGGCUACUUUCAGUGUUUUAAAAGUAGCCCUAUACAAAACUCUAAAAUGUCAUAUAUAACAAAUGAGAAAUAACCAAUCCGGACCAGGCGAUGGCCUUCAAAAGUUAAAAAAGUCUGUACUAUAUUUUUUUAAACAAAUACUACGUGAUCGAAAUAGGCCGAAAUGCGGGAGAUGAAAUUAAAUACCCAUUUAGGUAUAUCCUUUUAUUAAAAUUUUAAUAUUUAUUUAUUAAUUAUUUGUAUAAAGAACGUUUAGUUCGACGGCCCAAUACUUGAAAUCAAAAAUAUCACUGAAGGCAUCAAUAAAUACGAUGCAUAUAAUUAAAUAUUUAGAUCUACUGUUAUUGCAUAUUAUACGUUAAUGAAUUUAUGGAUGGGUGUGAGAUUCCUGCCGCUGGAUCUCGGACUAUGAACGAAUAAACUAGAUCGAGCGCUCAGAGCUGCUCUGGGUAAGGUCAGACGGUAUGGUUCCAAACCUCAAAGGGGGUGAUGAGAUAACUAUUUUACUACAUGUAUUUAUUAAAUCUGGAAUUCGUAUCUACGCUGACAGCCAUUCACAAACUUCACUUUGUCACGCCGUUUCUCGGUGACACUUUAUGACGUCAUAUUUUGUGACUUUUGUGGAUGUCACGUCACUCUCAUUCAUGAUUGCUCUAGUAUUGUGUACGGCUUGACGAAAGUAACAAAGUAAGAUUAUUUUAAAUAAACUAUAAAAAUAUAAAAAAAAAACAUGUAACGGAGAUGUGUACAAUAUUAAAGAGCAAUCUUAGUGCUAAAAUAACACCAUAUAUAAAGGUCUAACUAAACAUGACAGGGUCAGUCCAGUAAUCCGUCAGGGUUGGAGAGACUUUGCAUGUGAACUACAUGAAAAACAAUUCACAAUAUUAGGGUGCUUACGAUGUCCUGAACAUGUCCUGAAAGGCGCAAGUCCAACAGUUUUACUUAUGUAUUUUUUUUUAAUUAAUUAUCACAUCAUCAACUUUCAAACUUGAAAACAUUUUAGAUAACGUUAGGUAAUUAAUAAAUAGAAACACUAAUAACUCAAACACUUUUGUAGUGGUUAUAUCUAAGAGUCUCAACAUAACUUGUACAAUGUACAUGUACAUGUACUUGUAUAUAGUGGUAUGCAAAUGUAAACAUAUUUAAUCUCUCAGCCCUGCCAGAUUGCGACGAAAGCCCUGACCUUGAUAUGUGUGCAUAGACCCUAACUAAUAUUUUAAGAACAUUUACAAGUUAGCGGAGUCUUAGUAACUGAGUACUUAGAAGCGUUUUUUUAAUUCUUAAAUACGACAGUAUAUUGUAUAAAAAAUGUGAUUUUAUUAUUGUAGUGGUAAUUCAAUGUUGUCGACGUUUAUAUACAUAUUACAUAACAGUAUAACAUAGUUACAUUCAAUAGAGAUAAUAUAUCACAUUGUUGUAUUUUAACUAUUAUAUAGAUUUAUGAAUGAAAGUGUCCGGCCAGCACAUGCAUGUGUUAUAUAGGGUGUGUCUUUUAAACAAAGUUCUCUAAACAGCUACCUUAAAUCUAAAAUAAAUAAGAUUUUUGAGUCUAUCGAAAAAAAAUAAUUACCUGGCGUUUCUUUUGCAUAAAAAUCAAUAUUAAUAUAUACCUGAAUGCCGGGAAAUUUUACUAAUAAUUUUUCAUGUGUACAAUUUUCUAAAACAACGUUUGGCUUGCAAUGGAUUUCUUUGUUUAAAAACUGACCCUUUAUAUUCGCCCGUGCGUAUUAAUGUUAAUAUUAUAAACAAGCAUAGCAUGUUGUGAAGUAUAGUUCUUUUCUUGUUAAGCUGUCUUUAUCAGGAGUAAUCAAGUACAAUCCAGCUUGUAGAUCGUUUGUGGUAGCAUCUACUCUUUAAGUCAACUAAGUGUAUUGUUAGCGGUUACUCGCUGCUCGAGAAGCAGAAACAGUGAACAAUGGUUAAAACUCUAAUCUCUUUUAGUGUUUUUUCACUUGUUUAUUAUUGACGUCUGCGAAAUAUGAUUGUAUGACAUAUAGUGCAGGAGCUUGCAGUAGGAACUGUAAAGUCAUACAAACGUAUGACGCGUGCGCCAGUGAGUAAACGUGUACAGAACUCAUAGUUAUUCGGAACAAUUAACGAUUUUAUUGAACGAAUUUUCAGAUUUGCUCACUCGUUGAACCUAAAUUGAAAGAUCUCAUUUUUAUUAGCCUUCAGAUAUUUUGGUUGCAACGUUAAUAAACAGAAACCGUUUGAUGGUUUUUCGUUUUUAUAGAUUAUUUAAUGAAACAAAAAACAUCUAACUUUAAUUAUUUCAAAUAGAUAUAAUAAUAGCACUUAAACUGUCUAUUUUGUAUCUAAACCAAUAUAAUGUGCAUUACUAAAGCCAUAUAACCAUUCUGCAAUAUAUAUUUUUUGUACGUUGCUUUUUUAAACUGUGAUAGCUUUUGAAUCUGGUCUCCAACAAAGGAUUGUUACGCUAUUGUCAUUAAUGAAAUACUCUCCUCUAUCGCCUCGUCUCUACUCGUCCGCUCUACAUUAAUGUACAAACGACUAUUAGAUAUUUAUACUCGUAUUUCCAAAAUGAACUAUUUUAAAAUACAAAAUAAAUAAAGUUUCUAUUUAUUAAUUUUUGAACUGGAGUUGAGUUUAGCUUAAAAAUAUUACAAAGUUUUAAUUUGUUUGCCGAAGACUUUUUACUAGAGUUUUUAUGUAGGUUCAGUGAAGCCAUCGUAAAAACAUCACCGAAAGACAAAAACUUUUCCUUCCGUCUACUUCCGUUACGCAGUACUUAGAAAAUAAAUAACGUACAUAAUUAUGAAUACAACUACAAUAUGAAGUUAGUAGAUACUUUAUACAUAUUCCAUUUUUGAGUGAAAUAAGUAAUAGGGUAAGGUCACAUCAAAUACAUUCGUAUAAUUAUGAUAAACUAUAUUUUGGUGAUCAUCGAUAGUGUGACUUUGCCCUUAACCUACUAUAAAAUAUUGCAUCGAGACAGGAGCCUAAAUUGUGUGAUCUUUUGGUCAAAAUGAAAAAAAUCGUUUUAUUAUUGUCUAUGUGUAUUUAUAGGCUUAAUUUUACAAGAAAUGUGUGAAAUUAUACGGCUCUAUAUAAUUAUUGUUAGAACAUUUCUCUGAGCUUCACAAUUUAUUGCACAGUCCAAGGGUGAGUGAACUAUUUGUACACUGUUUUAGAAGAUUGAUAGCAACAUCAUAUUAUAUUAAAAUCAUAACGAAUACUUACUUACCCUAAAACUAUUUAUAUAGCUCUUUUUUAAUAAUUAAAGGUUAGUAACACCAUAUUGUACUGCUUGUGAAAUUAAGCCAACAAAAGUAAUCUGUGAUUAUGAAUAGUAGAUCAGUUAUCGUCGCUAGCUCUUCGACUACCUCCAAUAUAAUGCUUCCAAUAUGAAGUGAAUGUAUAUUUUUGCUAUCAUACUCUGCUUACAUUGAUAACACUAUCGUACGAGGAGAGUGUAACUAAAGUCUCGGUACUGCGGUUUAAUUUGAAAAUGAAAAUGCGAAUGACGUCAUCGACACACUAAAAACAACCAGACAAAUAAACUGGUGUAAAUACAGUUAAAUCAAAUAAUUUAAUUUGAUUUCAUAAAUUAGAAAAAAUAAUAAAUUAAUUUAAUUUUGAGAAUUUGAGUGGAGCCGUGUACCGAUGACGUUAUUUACAUUUUCCUGACGCCAUCGAAUAAGUCGGUGCAUGCGGUAGUGUGCAAACAGCUUAUACCAAUGUUUCAAAUCAUACAAUCGAAACGAAAUUGUAAAUUAUGAUUACCUCGAUAAUAGUUGUAGUGAAAACUUUUAUAUAGUUUGAGUCAGAGUUACAUACCGUUGACAGAACAACUGAGGAGCUGUUAUUUUUUUAUACUUAUAAAUUAAAAAAAAGAUCUUAUUUUAUAAAUGUAAAUUAAUUAUUGUAAAAUUAAUUAGGAGUACCGAUUGUAUAUGGAGUAAUCCACUUCAAUAUAUUAUUAUCUAAUUUAGUAGCGCCGAUCGUGAACACAACCGCUCGGCUCGUAAGUGCUUGUGUGAUUACCGUCUACCGAGCUCUUCCUAGUACCAGUUUUUGUGACUUGUAGCUUCCAAUGACGGUCUAAAGUAUACACUGUAUGUGUUUAUGUGCAUAAUUAUGUGUUUUUUUUUUACCGAGAGACAUUGCAAUAUAGGUUAGGGUUUUAAUUUUUCUGUAGUUACCAUUAGUUUUCAGCUAGCCUAACAUUAAUCGUAUUUUUAAUUAUCUCUAUAAUAUUAUGUAUCUGUUGUCUGUUGGCGCUUGUGUACUCAGCCUCAGUAACUAAUUGAUAAACUUUUAAAAAUGCAUAAGGCCUUAAUUCGUUAUGUAAUCGAAAAUAAAAUAUAUUUUAUUAUUGCUAUAGAUGCAUGUUUUAUAAAGCAUGUAAAAAGUGUUGUGAACACGCCAAAUAAAAUUUAGAUAAAUAAAAAAUAUUUUACGACAAAAAAGUACCUAACGCAAGCGCCUGAUUUUGUUUGAACCGUUGUUUCUAAAAAUGUUGUGAUUAAAACCAACAGUUUGAUAUUAAUGCAAGUAUUUGUUGCAAAGUAUUUCAAUCGUUAUCUUUUUUACAAGUCACCGCUCGCAGCUGUUCUUGGCCAAAUACUGAUCAAAAUUUUAAAUGUAUGCAGGCGGUUUUAAAUUCUGUGUUACACCCGAAAACAACUGUCGGCAGAUAAGUUUAUCUAUGAAUAAGGCUUACCUCUCUCGCUGUCUGUACUUUACAUUUCGGUCGUAGUUACGACUUUAUACAACAAAAUUGUCGAAAUGCAAUUUGAUGCACACAAACUUUACACUUAGAACAUACUCACUAAUACACUUAAUAAAUAACAAGGUACUGAACGAUCUACCCUGAGGAACCCCACUUUUAAAAAUAGUUUUAAUAAAUAUGUAUACCGAUACUAAUACAAUUCUGUCAUUAACACUUCCCCACUAGGGGCGGAAUUGUAGCGGCAAUAUUUUUAGCAUGUUUUAUAAAUGAUCGGUAAUCUAUAAAAUGCUUUCCGUGAAUUGUGUUUUCCUGGUCAGAAGACCAAGAUUUUUAAAUUCAAGCCCAGUGGAUUGUGCUAAUAAGUGUAUGAACCUAAAAUUUCCAUUUAACAUACCAUCCAACUCAACUAUAUCAAAUACCGCUGCUUGUAUUGAACACAUAAUAACUAAUGUAAGGAGUUCAACACAAAGCACGAUACAUGGCGUGUAUAAUUCACAACUCAUAUCGUUACAGGACGCCUGUGUGAGUUAAGCCUAAUUCAAUAUGUAAACAGAUCCCAUUUACUUUUUGGCAUUGUUUUCCAAUUAGAUAGCUUGCGUCAAGCACACGUAACAAAUGACGUUAAUGCAAACACAGCGCACUCCGCACCGGCACGAUUUUAUUUAUUGGUUUUGUUGUGCGGUGGAAGAACAAACUGUGUUUAAUUGCUUUUGUUUCGGUCGCUUUGUUCACAUCGACUGUAUGAAUAUCGAACUUGUUGUUGUAAUCACUGUAACUGUUGGUACGUAUAUCAUUUAUAUUAGGCCUAAUAUCUUUAAAAAUUUUGAUUAUUAAUUUAACUUGCUUUAAUAUUGAUGUUAUUUUAUGUUAUUUCUGCAUAGGUUAUUUGGUAUACAAAUGGUAUACAGUUUAAAGUUGUAAGCGCAUAGUAAUCCGUAAUUGAUAGACGAUUACAUGGACACUUUAACGUUUAAAAUAAUAGCAUUUGAAAGUUAAAAUAGAUGCACAGAGUAAUGUUGUGAGUCAUGUGCAUGUCGACGUUGUCAAAGAUUGUACUCGCAGUCAUGUGUUGACACCUAUCGUUUUAAUGUUUAAACUGCAGUAGAAUAGUAUUGAAAAAAAUAAGUGUGCUCACGUAUUUCACGACAAUACAUAUUCUGUUUAAUAAAAAAUGAAAGCGUAUGAUUUAAAUUUUAGACUAUUAUAUUGUUGGCGCGUAGCUACAUCGAAGUUAUUAAUUGCUUCAUAGUCUCAUAAUAAUAUAUUCUUGCGAUACACUAGGAAAUCGUUAACUUUAUUCGCAUGUAUAUCAUUUAUGCCAACUUCAAACAUAGUCCGUGCAAUCACUUUCCAAAUUGCAGACGAUUGUGAUAGCCAUUCGAUUGUAGUGGAAUUGAGUAAAGGCAAUACAAAUUGUUUCAUUUCCAACUAUUGGCAUCCACUGUCACAAUCGUCAUUAUUGCAAGUGUAUUGUGCAAUUAAAUUCAUUUGACUUUUCACUACUUGAUAUUGGGCCUAUUAUAAAUAUUGUAUGGUCAGGAACAAAAAUAUCUGUGCUACAAUAAUUAAAAAAUAUGUAGCUAUUAGCUUUUUCUGUUAUACGACACUUAGAUUUAAAAUCAACAAAGUUAACUUCUUUGUCAAAAUAUUUGUAAUGUUUGCUUUCGGCGACUAAUGUCAUAUCACUAAGAAUUUGUGUUUCUUGCUACCUGUAUAGUUUUUGUUGCUGUCCAUACAAAAGUACCAAAAACAACGUAUGUCGCGAGCCUCGCUCAUAUGUUAAAUGCGAUUUCGCGACAAAUCGACUCUCUAGUUAAGGGGACGCUAGUACAUAAUGCCUUAAGUUGUAUACAUAAGCUUAUUAAAUAGUUUUUAUCAAAUAUAUUUACAGGAUACACGGGGGAAUCGAUAAACAUUUAAAGACAAAAUAAUUCAUCAUCAAACAUGUGACACCUACGUUGAUGAAACUAUAACACCUGUUGAACGAAAUGACAAAAGAUAAGCGAGGCGUGCGUGCAAUACAUAAAAUAUAUUCGCUAAUAAAUCUAUCACAUAGCAAAGAACCGAAGAUAAGAUUUAAAAUGCUAGACCUGGUAUAAUCAUCCACAUAAGUAACUGUUGUAUGGCUUCAGUACUAGCUAUGUUGUAACUCAGUUGUGAUAUAUUUAUGUAUAAUUAUUUAUUCAUGAUUCUUGAGAGUUGAGACUAAGUAGGUAUGUUUUUGUCAUUCUUUUCACCAGGCAAUGUAGUCUUGACAUCAGUGUCAAUCUCUCAUAACUAACAAUUUGUCCACCAGUAGACGUUUAUCGCUUCCAACUUGUACUAUUUACAUUUAUAGUUAUUUUUUCUGUCUCUUCAAAGUUGCCUGUUCUAUGUAACGACUAACUUCGGCAACGCAGUUGAUUACUAUAAUAUUAUUAUUACUAUUAUAUUUGUGAAGAGUUUUAAGCUAUUGUAAAUUUUACAGAAAACUAAAUAAAAAUGUUGUGAAAAUAAAUUAUAAAAAAGUGAUAAACAGUGAA